CUGCACGCUAUGAAGAAGGGGAAUCUGAAGCAGAGAGCAUCACUUCCUUUAUGGAUGUCUCAAAUCCUUUUCAUCAGCUUUACGACACAGUUAGGAGCUGUCGGAAUAACCAAGGGCAGCUAAUAGCCGAACCUUUUUUCCAUUUGCCUUCUAAGAAAAAAUACCCAGAUUAUUAUCAGCAAAUUAAAAUGCCCAUAUCACUUCAACAGAUCAGAACAAAGCUAAAGAACCAAGAAUAUGAAACUUUAGAUCAUUUGGAGUGUGACCUGAACUUAAUGUUUGAAAAUGCUAAACGCUAUAAUGUUCCCAAUUCAGCCAUCUAUAAACGAGUUCUAAAAUUGCAGCAAGUCAUGCAG